CACCCAAACACUGAGGUCUGAGCGCGGCGGCGGGAUUGAAGUUGAACAGCUGAAGAGUUGGGCAGCGGAAGAUCUUCAAUUAGGUCAGGAAGGUAUGUUGGAGGACACAGCUGUUGGGAGUAAGGGUGAGGUGGUGUAUGUGGCAGACCCUAAACUACUAAGCUGUAGUGAUGCCAUUCCAGCCUUCAGGCAGCGGGCCUGCCUCACCCAUGCCCUCAUCACUUCCUACGGACUCCAUCACAAAAUGCGGGUUGUGCCCUCAGAGGCAGCCAAUGAGGAAGACAUCAGGAAGUUUCAUUCCCAGGAUUAUGUAGAAUUCCUUCAGAAAGAUGUUCCAGAAGAAGAUGAAGACAAGGAUGCACAGGACGAGUUUGGAUUGGGGUUUGAUUGCCCCUUUCUGGAUAAUCUGUGGGGUCUGGUGUGUGGCCUUGUGGGGGGCUCACUCACUGCAGCCCGAGAGUUGACCUCUGGCAGGAGCAAGAUUGCCCUCAAUUGGUGUGGUGGUUGGCACCAUGCCCAGAGAGACAUGGCUUCAGGAUUCUGCUACGUGAAUGACAUAGUGCUCGCUGUAUUGCACUUGCGAUCUGCCUUUCCCAAGGUGCUGUACAUUGAUCUGGAUGUUCACCAUGGAGAUGGUGUUGAGAAUGCCUACCUCUUCAGCCCCAAAGUGGUAACACUUUCACUUCACCAGAGAGAGAUAGGAUUCUAUCCUACCACUGGUGCUGUGGAGGACAUAGGUCUUGGAAAAGGAAAAUUCUAUACCCUUAAUGUUCCAUAUAAGGAAGGCAUUAAUGACACACAGUUUAUUUACUUGUUUGAAAGCAUUCUAUACCCACUGUGUGAAGUGUUCAUGCCUGAUGCUGUGGUGUGUCAGUGUGGUGCCGAUGCCCUCAGUCAAGACCCACUAGGAGGAGGUAAUCUCACCCUGAAGGCUUACACCACCUGUGUCACUCAUGUUACAAACCUCUCCAAGCCCACACUCUUCCUUGGUGGAGGUGGGUACAACAAAAGCAAUACUGCCAAGCUGUGGACAGCCAUCACUGCCACUGUUCUCAAGUGUCCCGUGUCUACUGAGAUCCCGGAGCACCAGUUCUUCCACUGGUAUGGGCCUGACUUUGAAUUGGAAGUGACUGCAGGGCUCCAGAAGAGUUCUAAUACACAGGAGUCUUUGGAUCAGACCAUAAAGGCAGUGCAUGGCAAUAUACAAAAACUAGCAGAAUCAUUGGAACAGAAAUAAUGGAUUACAAAAUCUGUACACUGCAAACACCUGUGCAUGUACCAAGGUGAGAGGGGAUAGUCAAGACAAGACAUCACACCUCCUGUAGGAAUAAUGAUGCAUAGAAAGGGGAUCCCUAGUCCCCACUCUACGUCUUUUUUAGCUACCUUCCAUAGCAUGGGUGGAAUACCAUUGCAUGUUUUUUUUUUUUUUUUUUUUUUUUUUUUUUUCAUCGGUCAUACAAGGUGAAGCCAAGCUAUACCCUCUCCUGUGAUGGAUGAAUUGUUGGUAUGAUAUCUUACAUAAUUUCAUUUUGUUUUAUUUGCUAUAUUUCUCAAAAAUUCUGAUAAAUUAUUAGUUUCAAGGAAGCAUAAUACAUACAUAAUGAAAGGAGGAUCUCUACCAAAUUUAUGCUAGUUGUCACUACAACAAAAAAAAAAGUAAAGAUAGUGUGCAUGGAUGAAGGAUAUAUACAGGUAUAAGUGGAGCCUCUUUUGUUGUGGCCACUCAUCAGUUUCAAGCAACUGUCACUACAACAGAGAGGAAGACAGUGAAUAAGCAUUAUAAUAGAUGGAGAGACAGAAUAGUCAGAGAUAAGUGUUCCACAUUUGCUGGGCAACACGGUGAAUGAUUGUGUGUCUUGCUGAGAGUCUCAUUAUCUCAUCAUACCCGCCGCCUAUUACAGUGGUGACUGGGAUGCCUCGGCACACUGCUUCCCUUAAGACAAACGUGUCACGAAGAUAAAGCCCUGCAGAUUAACAAUAUAAAUCAAUAAAUUAUCUGGAUACUUAUGUAAGUUAUGAAGGGUUACACUAUUAAGAAUGUAUAAAAAAUAAAGCCACUGAACUUGAA